AUGACGACUGAAAUAUCAGAUCCGCCGCGAAAGCCUCUGGCAAGUCCCGCGUACAUACUACGAGGACACGCGGCACCGAUUCAUGCACUACAUAUCUUUGCACAGAACCUGCGCCUCUUGUCGGCGGAUGCAGAUGGCUGGGUCGUACUCUGGGACAUGGUUUCCAAGCGUCCAGUCACAGUAUGGAAGGCGCACGGAGGCGCUGUACUUGAAGUAAAAGCUCUGAGUCUCGAGGACGAAGUCACAGAAAUAUACACGAAACAAAAAAGACAUGGUCGUGACCAUAAGCUCUGUGUUUGGAAGCUCCGCGCUGAAGACGAGCACUUUCUCGACAAGACGCUUCCUGUCGAUAUCGUUGCGACAGAGACUAAGCAGAAAAGGUCACAGCCAUGGUUGCUCCAUUCUUUGCCUGUGAAUGCGCUGAAUUUCUGCGCCUUUUCCAUGACAUUUCUCGACUUACCCAGAGCCUCGUCAGGAGAAGCUCAACCCGGAGAAUUGCAAGCCCCUCGUCGACAUGUUCUUUUCGCAGUCCCUAAUGCCUUGGACUCUGGGGGCAUCGAUAUCUUCCAUCUGCCGUCUGAGAGGCGUCUGGCGACUAUCAAGUCGGAUCCAUCAGUCAAGACUGGCAUGCUGAUGGCUGUCAAUCUAUUCGUUUCCCCCUCUUCUGACGUUUACGUUGCCUGUGCUUUCGAAGACGGCCAUAUCAUGGUCUUCAUGCGCAGGGGCCCUAUCCGUUCAUCAGAAGUGGACAUCGAGUCAAAUAAUCAGACUUCCUGGAAAUGGAACAAAGUCUAUGCCAAUCAGCCACAUACGCAGCCUGUGCUGUCACUUGACGUGGCGCCGUCAAAGGACUACUUCGUCUCUUCCUCUGCCGAUGCCUUGCUGGUCAAGCAUCCGAUACCGGGCGCGGGUAUGACAGCCAAUUACACUGCCAACAACUUUGUGGACGAUCAGGUGCUGAAGAGCGUCAACACGAAACACUCAGGCCAGCAGGGGCUCCGCAUCCGCAAUGAUGCAAAGAUCUUUGCGACCGCUGGCUGGGACAGUAGAGUGCGAGUGUAUUCGUGCAAGACUAUGAAGGAAUUGGCGGUGCUGAAAUGGCACAAAGAUGGGUGCUACGCUGUUGCAUUUGGAGAGGCUCACGCUGCCACUGAUCCUCCAGCAAGCAGUGAUGCAAGUGGUGUUGGAGCUACGCGUUCUGAUGAGCACCGCACCGUCGAAACGGAAGUGCGAACGAGGUCAAUCGCGGCGGUGCAUCGGCUACGCUCACGGAAAAUCCAACAGACCCACUGGCUAGCUGCUGGUUCCAAGGAUGGCAAAAUUUCAUUAUGGGAUAUCUACUGA